CAGGAGUCUGAUGUGUGUGCAGCUGGAGAUCUCCCUGCGUGUGAAGGAGUCAGAGGUGCAGUGCCUCAAGCAGAAGAUCACCUCGCUCAAGGAUGAACUCCAGACAGCCCACAGGGAUAAGAGGUAUGCAACAGAGACGUACAAGGACAUCUACACAGAGCUAAGCAUCAUGAGGGCCAAGGCAGAGAGAGACCUGGGACAUCUCAGGGAGAACCUGAGGUUGGCCCACAAAGCACUAGGAGAGCUCUCACCUGCAGUGGACACAGAUAAUAAUGGUAUACAUGACAUUAAGAUGGUGGCCCGGCCUUCAGGGAUUCAGAGAUGAACCACUGAUGUGAAAACGACAAGGUGUUGAGUGCUGCCACUCUGAGGUCAAAACCUGCAUGACAGCCAAGUCUCGCUGGAUGUUUCCCCAACCACCUCUGGUUUUGGCAGCAUCACUAGUCUGUAUCGUACAGAUGUCAUUCAUUGCGUAAUACAGACAAUUUGUGAAUAACCUCAUUCUGUUAUGUGUCUUAAUAAUAUUGGAUGUAUCUGAAUCCUCUGACUGUUAUCUGUGCAGUUUGCUGUAGUAUGUCAGUUAGUCCUUUAGAUUUUGAAUAACCCUUGACGUUCUGUCCAUUUCUUACACAAAUGAAAGAAAGGGGCUCUAAUUAGAAGUCAUCUUGUACAGUGGUGCAGCAUAACCCUAUAGAGAUCUCCUUUGGGUACACAUGUAUAAUACAUAUCUGAAACAUCUGUUUUGCCCUUUCAUGGGCCUUUACAGUGUCUCUUAGGGGUGUGGUUGCCCAUUAUUCUUCCUCAUACAUGCACUUUGACCUCUCAAUACUGGAGCCAACUAGUUGGUUUUAAUCUUUAUACUAGAGGCAACUAUU